ACGGGCUGAGUUAAAAUUGGAGGAUUGGGACAGUUUAUCUGUGUGAAUGACAUACAUUUGAGUUUCCUACUUCAUAGCCUUUAGAAAAUGCAAGGCAACACAAAAUCUAUUAUUCUAGCAACUUUCUACUUUUAUAAGAGCAAUAUUUAAAAUCUGUUCCUAUUUGGGACCUUUGUCCCCCAAAUUAUUUUUGGCUUUAUCCGGAUUUCUUGGGCUAAGGUAAACUUGUGCUACUACUAAAUGCAGCGCUCCUCCCAAGAUAGUGUACCUAAAAGGGUAUCACGAAGAAGAACGUGGCAUGGUUAAGUCUUACAUAUAAACGAAUUUGUUAAGACAAAACAGGUCGCGAAAUGCGACAAUAGCAAAAUGAUUAAAGUUGCAUAAAACUUCAAAACCACAGCCUUCUACUUUUCCCAACAAGCGUUGCGCGCAUGGAAGAUGGCGGCCUCCUUUGGUUCUAGUCGUAGAAGUUUUUACUAACAAAAGCAACUAGUUUUAUUUGGCGUUUAAAGUGGAAAAAUGAAAUCAGUAAGUCUGAUUAUAGUCGGUAUACGGGCUGCUGUUGGGUCCCGCUAUUUCAACAGUCGAGGUAGUGUUCAGAUAGCAGGCGCCGCUGCUCUUAGUUGGCAGCCCCAUCGGUUUGAAGGUAAUUGCAGCCGGUAUGGAUGGAUGGUGUGUUCCAAUACGGCUGUGUGGGACCAGAUUGCAAACGACGUGGAGGUUAAAGAGAAUUUUAUCAGCAAGGAGGAGGAAGAGGAGCUAUUGAAAGACGUGCAGCCCGCUCUAAAUAAGCUGAAGUACGAAUGCGACCACUGGGAUGAUGCAAUCCAUGGUUAUCGUGAAACUGAGAAAUCUCGAUGGACAGAAGGAAGUAAAAUAAUUCUGCAAAGAGUUCGAGAUGUGGCCUUCCCACCUGGCAUUCCUCAGCUUUCCUUAGUACAUGUGCUAGACCUGGACAAGAAGGGCUUCAUUAAACCUCAUGUGGACAGUGUCAAGUUCUGUGGAAGUACAAUUUCUGGGCUGUGUCUGCUUUCAUCCAGUGUGAUGCGCUUGGUUAGUGAGAACAACAAGGCUGAUUGGGCUGAUCUGUUGUUGCAGCAAAGGUCGCUCUACAUUUUACGAGGGAGAGCCCGUUAUGAAUUCACCCAUGCAAUCCUAAAGGACGAAGACUCUUUUUUUAAGGGAGAAAAGGUGCCUCGAGAUCGCAGGAUUUCUGUAAUAUGUCGGAAUCUUCCUGUUUCUGAGAAGCAGAACCUAGGCUGAAAUUGACUUAUAUAAUUGUACAUGAAAUGUGUAUGCUUACAAUCAUUUUCUUUAAUCAUGAUGACUGCAUCUCCUUCCUCAGACAGAGUGUAGUGUGAUCUUGAGGGUAGAGCACCAUCACAAAGUUACAGGUUGAACCCCCGGCUGCGACGGGUAUUUAGUGCAUGAAUUAUUAAAGCAUUUUACCAUUAAUCUCCGUAUCUGAGCAGAUGUGGAGUGGAAAAAGAAUGCUAGUGGAAACACAUUGAUGGGCUUCAACUGCACGUUCCUGUCUGUACAAGCUAAAGGUGUGUGAGUACAGUGUGCACGGUACGUGUAAGGGAGAGCAUUAUUACUGUGAAAUUACUCCCCUAGCACAGAACUUGGAAUUUACUGUGGUAAGCAGAAGCAUUGCCAUUCGAGUAACAAAGCAGCGCUGAUCUCAAAAACAGCAAUGGUGCAUGUGUCUCACUGUAGCUUCUGGGCUAAUCUGCCUUCUAAGGACCUUUUCCAUGUGCAGGACACACAAGCUAAUGAGCUGACUGUAAGUUAUGGUGUUGUAGCAGUGCUGUGUUCAUGUUACUUAACUGUCUGUUUCAUGGAUUAGGUUUUUCUUCAGUGUGUAUGCUUAGGCUAGAACUUCAGCAGUGGGUUAGUAUCAUAAUGUGAUUACUGCCAUCCUGAUUCAUGAUUUUUAAAUUAGAACAGAUAAAGUAAAAGGAAAGAUGGUGAUCACUUUAGAGCUGUUGCAGAAAAAGCAGUGUGUUGAAAAUUAUUUCUGCUGUACUCACUAGGCAAAGCAAUGGCGAAAAAGUACUGUUAAGCAUUCAGUACAGGACUACAAAAUGGUAACUUGAAAUGUUAACAGUAGUGAGUGAUGCAGUUUACGGGUAUAUAAAUGUGGGAAUAUAGACAUGUAACAUUUUGCAGAUUUACUUUUUUUAUGUCAUUGCAUUCAUAUUUACAGUGGAGGAAAAAGCACACUUUUAUUUAACAUUUGUUGACUGGGAAAGGCCGACUAGGGCGGAGCCUGUUUUCAGCAGAGGCCUGGGGAAAAAUGCUCCAGACGCAUGUCUUUGAAAUAUUUUGCAGCAGUCUUUUUAAAUAAAUUGGUUUGUGCCCUGUCCUCCAUGUUGUUUGUUUUAGAGUCCUAACAGGGAAAUAUCCAGAUUCGCUUGCUCGCUGUCAUGUAGGUACUUCUACAGAUUACACAGCAGCCAUGGUAGGGUUUGGUGGGGGGGGGGGGGGGUGUUCACCCCCUACCCAAACUCAAAAAUGUGAAGUCGCGCUUGGACAGCCUUGUGGCUGGAGAUGUGGCUUAUGGACCUGUUUGCAUGUCAUGGCUGACUUGUCUGCCUCGUCUCACUGCAUCUUUUGUAGAUAUGAUCAUAAAUGCAGUUAGAAGGCCUUGGUUAUCAUCUCAGUGUGACUGAAAGAGCUGGCACACUCGCUUUGCAAUUCAGUUAGAAAACAAUUGCUAGUUUUUGCCUAAUCCUGCUUUGGAUCCUGUGGGUCCCUUGUAUGACAUGCUAAAGGAGAGAGUGAUGACCAAGAGAUAGUAGUACUGUGUCAUAUGCAGUACCACCCCACCCCUCUAGAAAAGGACAUUGGGUCAGUAGGAACACAUGUACUGUAGAAGAGAACCUAGCCAGAUCUGUUAGUACCAUUUCAUAUAUAGUAAUACCACCUCUCCUCCCUAGAAAAGGGCAUUAGGUCAGUAAGAACACCUGUCCUGUAAGCGAGAGCCUUGCCAGAGAUGUUAGUACCACUUCUUAUUUGGUGCUGCCCCAGCCAGCCCAACCCAGGAAAGAACAUUUGGUCAGUAGGAUCACUUGUGCUGAAGGAAAGAGCCAUCAGUGCCACUUCUUAUUCAGUCCUAGCCCAUGUUGGGAAUGGACAUUGGGUCAGUAGGACCACAUGUCCUAUAGGAGAGAGCCAAGCCAGUGGUGUUAGUACCUCCUCUUAUUUGGUACUGCCUUCAACCAGUCGAUAUCAGGAAUGGACAUGAGGUCAGUAGCAUCACUUGUGCUGAAGGAAGGAGCCAUCCAAAGGCUGUUUAGAGCUCUUCUUAAGCAGUAACUUUCAGUGCUAUGGUUACUCUGAAAUAGCCUAAAAUUGUUCUGAAACUUAGUCACUACAGUGGAAACAUGGCAAACCAAUGUGUUGUGGAUUUUCACAUUUCUGGAAAGGAUUUCUGUUUUGAGUCUCAUUUGACUCUCGUUAAAUACUGAUAGAUAUUUCACAGUCUUAAGUUCUGAACUGUCAUGAUUUAACAGUACUUUUCAUUGUUAUAAUGAACAGCCCUGCUGUCUGCUAAGCAAAUGUGAAGAAGAAAGGACAAAUGAUGUACGUUCUGUGUGGGGAGUUAACAUGGCAGUUGUUUAAGGUAACAAAAAUGCAUGGGCACAGUUUGUACUGCUGCUUUGUGUACCAAACACAGAAUUGGAGUCCAGUUGCUCAGACUGGUUUUUCAAAGCCAUGUUCAAGAUUACAGAAGAUACCUUGCUGUGGGAGGGAACAUUAAUCAGUGUCAUACCAUAAUAAGCAUAGUUCUUCCCUGACAGAAUGUACAUUUUUCUGUUUUGAAAAGGAAAAACACAGGGCAAAUUUUACUUAAAUCAUCUGUUGCCUGCAGAAGGAACUCAUAUCUAUUUCAAGAAAGUGUUGCAAUUAAUAGAGAUGUGAAAUGUGAAACUUUUUUGGAUAGGGAAUUAUGGUGUUUCAUAAGACAAGAUUUUUGUUAGCAGCUAUCUCUAUUUGUAAUUUUAGUUUACUUGAAUUUGUGUAACCUUAUCAAUAAAUCAGACGGUCUUGUAUAGAAAUCCA